AUGAGUUUAAAAUAUUGCCAAAAGGAUUGUCACUAAGACUAACCAGUGUCUUUUUUUAUAAAAGAGAAUAACAAUUGGGUUUUAUGCUGUGCUAUGUGUUAAUAUGAAUCAGAUCUACCAAAAUAAUAAUUCACAGCUAUCAAAGAUCUAGAAAAAAUCAACAAAGAAACUAAAACUAAAUUAGAAUCAUCAGAUAUCAUAAAUAAUCUAUAAAUUAUAUUGAUGAAUGUAAAACAAUGGCAAAGUUAGAUUGAAACACUUAUAUUAGAAAUCAAAUCCUAAAUUUAACAUAAAAUAGACCAUUUCUCUUCUUUAAUUGAUACUUUAAAUUAAAAUACUGAAUUCUUCAUUUUAAACAAAGAAAAAUUUUAAGAAGUUCUUCAUUUUAGAGAAUAAUUAAAGGAAAAUUUAGCUACUUGUGAAAGUGAUAUAGAAAAUCUUCAAUCUAAUUUAGCUAAUGCCUAUCAAGUUUUAUAAUUAGCCUCACCAUUUCAAAAAAUAGACAUAGACAUAAAAGUUCCCUCAAUUCUAUGUGAAUAAGAAAAUUAAUAAGGUAAAUCUAAUUCAAAUUCUAUUAUAAAAGAAGAAAAGUCUAAUAAUAAUAUACCAUAAUAAAUCAUUCAGGAAUUUGGAUAAAUAAAUAUAGAUAAACCUAAUGUUGAAAAGUAUUAUUUAUUCUAUUAAUUAGAAUCUAAGAAAUUAAAUAAUUAGGUAAAAUUUAAAUUAAUUAAAAUGAAUACUAUGAAGGUGAGAUAUAUAAGGGUAUGAUGCAUGGCAAAGGAAAAAUAGUUAAAAUUACUCCUUUUUAUGAAAGCACGUAAUAAUUAACUAUUAAUUUGAAAGGUUUGAAGGAGAUUUUUUUGAAAAUAAAAAACAUGGUAAAAUCAUAGAGACAUAAAUUGAAAUAGAGACCUAAGAUAUGAAUCAAUCCUUCUUCAAGAGUUUGUCUUUAAUUAAGCCUACUAAUUAAAAGAAGAUACAAUUAAUAGGAGAGUAUAAGAAUGAUAAGAAAAUAGAAGUAUUUGUAAAAAAGUCUUAUAUUAAUGAUAAUUUGGAGUCACAAAGGUAUAAAAUAUAUUAAAUAUUAGAUACUAAUUUUAUGAAGAUGAUGUUUUGAUUGAGGAAUUUGAUUGA